CCCAACCCGCCUGGAAACGCUCCCAUUCGGUUGCUCUCUCAUCCACUUCGGCAGCCAUGCCUCCUCAACGCGAUGGGAUCCUGGGAGAUGCAGUUUCGGCAGGCAGCAAAGUUUGGCAAAACUGCAGAUAAGUCACUUCGACGUCAUCCCGAGAAACCCCGCCCCUGCAGAAGACCAGGUGGCGUUAGGGGCGUGGCUAAGAAGAGUCACGUGAGAGGACCCCCAGGCUUGGGUCACGUGAGGGUCUCCUUAUGGCGGAAGUGGCCUUCUCCGCCGAUCUGCAGGAGCGGCUCUCGGGGCUGAAAGCGAGGCUGCAGCGCUGGAGCAGAGGAGGCCGCACCGACGAUUCCUUCUUAAUGCAGGCUUCUGCUACACUGGAACGCUUGACAGCUCUGUCUGAAGAACGCAGAGGAAACUGCACACUUCCCAAGUUUUUGCAACUUUAUACACAGGCUGUAUUGGAUAUCACAUACUUUGAGGAAAAUCAGCUUGUGGAUGAAGAAUUUCCAGAGGAGUCUUCUUUGCAGAAAGUUGAAGAAUUAAUUAAUGUACUUUCAGAGCCAGAAAUCUUGGUCAAAGCAAACAGCACAUCUCAGGAACCACUUUCAGUGCUUGGAACAGAAUUGCUGGAAUGUCUUUACUGGAGGAGAGGGGCUUUACUUUACAUGUUUUGCCACACUGUUAAAGGCAGGAAAGAAUGGUUGACGGAGAAGACUGAUCUGCUAAAAAAGUUUCUUAGUGAAGGAAUCCAUUAUUUGGUGACGAUGCUUGGAUUUAGAUGUUCUGAUAACGCAGAUGAAGAGGUCUCAUUUGGGGAUGCAGACACAGCAAGAUUGAUCCAUGAAGGCAUAUAUAGCGAUACCCAUCUACUGGCUAUGAUGUACUGUGGAGAAAUGUGUUACUGGGGACUGAAGUACUGUGGAGAAGGAAAGGAUCCAGUUCAAAGUACAGAUCCCAGAUCAAGCAGCAGAGGACCCACCACGGCUCUGGACUUUCGAGAGACGGGAGCAAAAAUGUUGCAGAAGUACAACACUGUCUGUGAAGGACCUUUGAGACUGCAUGACUGGGACACCAAAAACGCAAAGCGCAUACUGAACUAUUUCCAGCACUUACCAGCUUAGCUGUCUUCAAUAGAUUAUACAUUCCAAAACCUGAAACAGUUAAUAAGUUUGGGGGAGGGUGGGAAGUAUAUGUCAACAGUCAAAAUACACAACAUUUCAUUGUAUAUUCUGAUUUAAAUUGUUCAGAACUCAAUAGAACUUCCAGAUAAUUUUUGCCUACAGUUCCCAUCAGCUCCAAUCAUGGUGAGGAAUUAUGGGAGUUGAUGUCCAAAACUUAUCUGGAGGGCUGAAAGAGAAAAAUUGAUAUAGAAAUGGUUGGCCAUCUUUAUCUUAUUUUGAAAAAUUAAAAGCACACAAGAGGAGGGACCAUUAUUAUGAACUGGGAUAAUACAAAGUCAAUUAAUCAAUAGCAUGCCCAGAUAGCCUUGGACUAUACAGGAAUAUUCUGGUUUUAUUGUUGGGAAUCAUGAAUGCCGAAAUAAAAAUAAUGCACGGA